AUGGAAAUACAACUAAUAUUUGAACAAACCAUACAGCGUUUGUUGAUGUUUCAAGAUGUUAUUGUGCAAGCACCAACUGGUUCCGGAAAAACCCUCGCUUAUAUUUUACCACUGUUCACUAUUUUAAUGAAGAAAAAAAAGAUUUGGACAAAGAAUGAAAUAGGUGCAGUUAUUAUUGUUCCAAGUCGAGAAUUAGCAAAACAAGUUGGUGCAGUCUGUAAAUUGUUUGGGAAUGCACUUUCCCUCAGCAUGCGUGUGUUGAUUGGUGGGAAAAAAGGGAAAUACAACUCAAAAACAGUCCCCUCUUUAAACGCUGCAGUAAUAAUAGCUACUCCUGGAAGAUUGCAGUCGUUAAUAUCGUGUAAUUCAGAUUUCAAAAAAGCUUUAAAAGCUCUUGAAAUAUUGAUUAUUGAUGAAGCGGAUCGAUAUACAGAUUCAAGUUUCAAAGCCAGCAUGACUGAAAUUCUACAAUCGCUACCCAAACAGAGGCGGACUGGUUUGUUCUCUGCAACACAGGCCAAAGAAAUGGAAGAAAUCGUGAAGUUCGGAUUAAGAAAUCCCAUACAAAUCACAAUUGCAAAUUGUGGUGCGGUACUUGAUUCGGUUGAUUCGGUGGAGACAGUAUCACCAAAUACUCUAAAUAACUUCUAUGUGGUAGUGAAAGCUGAUCAGAAAUUGUAUCUUUUGAUAGAAUUUAUUCGAAAUCAUCCGAAAUCUAAAAUACUAAUCUUUUUCUCGACCUGUCAAUGUGUCGAAUACAUGGAGAUACUGCGAAAUUUUCGAAGAACUGGCAAAUCAUUGAUGUUGUGUACAGAUGUGCUCUCUCGAGGUAUCGAUGUUGAUAAUAUCGAUUGGGUCGUGCAGUUUGACGUACCAAAGCAAACAAGUUGGUUUGUCCAUCGCGCUGGUAGGAGUGCAAGGUGUGGUGAAGUGGGAAAUAAUGUAUUGUUCCUUACACCGGAAGAAACGGCUUAUAUCGAAUUUAUUGAAAAAUAUGAGAAAGUUUCGUUGAUUAAAAUGAAAGCAAACCUGAAGAAAAACGAUGAUGGAGCGGAACAAAUAAGGCAACAUAUUGUUGAAAUGGCUUCAAAAGAGCGAGAAAUCCUGGAGUGUGGUACUCGAGCGUUUAUGUCAUUCGUUGAAUCAUAUGUACAUCAUGAUUGCAACGUAGUGUGUUCUCCUAAAGAUUUGGAUGUUAUUGGUUAUGGCCAUGCUUAUGGGUUGCUGCGCCUUCCGCGCAUGAAAGAAUUUCACCGUAACGAUUUGAAUGAAUUUAAACGUUCUGAAUUAAAUACUUCAGAAAUACCUUAUAAAAAUGUCGAAAAAGAAAAGCGAAGGCAAGAAAAAUUACUGCUUCUGAAAACCAAAGACAAAUCAACGCAAAAGGCAGUCAGAACUCAGAAAAAAAGAUUAGAUACCAGGCAAGCAUCCAAAAAUUCUACGAGGAAGCGACAACACAGCGAAACCAAAGAGAACAUGGAUGAUCUCGGAUCAGAUUUCGCAUUACUGAAGAAAUUAAAAAAAGGAAGAUUGAAAAAGAAAGAAUACGAUGAACUAAUGGCUGAUAGUUCCUGUUAA